UGCCGAACUUGCGAGCCUCCUCCUUCUCCCUCGGCAGUAUAAGAUCGGCAGCGAGAGCACAGCUCCUUGCUCAUCCAAUUCCAACAAGCAAAGUGUCCAGCUGAGCCCAUCCGGUCUACGUUUUUCUUUCCAGUCAUCGCAGCAGCACCAGCUCGAUCGUAGUAGCUCGCUAGAGGAGAGAACAGAACGCCAUGGCUUCCUCUGUGUCUUCUCCGUCGUCGCCCAACCCGGUCGGCCUCUGGUUCUGCCAGAUCUCAUCGGUCCUGCAGGGCAGGUGUCAGGGCGGCCGCGCCGAUCCGCCGCAGGGGCCCAAGAGCGGCGCCGGCGGCGCGGAGGGGAGGCAAGGCAGAGCACCUGACGCCGCGGGGAGCAAGGGCGACGAUGACACGCCGAGGAGGACGUGCCGCGGCGACGCGAUGCCGGAGGCCACCGUCUACCUGCUGCUCGACCGGUUCGCGCCCAGCUGAAAGCCCAACCGAUCGCUGCGACGGAUCACGGCGAUGGACUCAAGAGUCAUGACUCCAAAGUGUCCCAGAUAAAUUGGGUUCGCCGUGACUUGUUCCUUCCUGCCUGAUCCUGUACAGUUUUUUCUUCUUUUGUACAUACGGUUCCUGCAUGGUUCCUUGCUUCCUUUUCUGCUCUCUCUUCCCCCGUUGUAACUCUGCAUCUUGACCUUGCGCACGUGUACACUAAAUGUUAACAAGGUUCUGUACAAUAACAAGGCUCUGCAUCUUGAUCAUGCCCAUGUGAACAAAAUAACAAGGGGAACAAGAGUACGCCGAUGUUGAGAUUC